GAGAGAGGGACCGUCCAUUGCUCCGAGGGUUUGAAAAUUUAAACGUCUAACGAGAUUAGUUGGUGCGCGGUGAUUUGUGUUGGUAGCCACUAGUCACCGUCAACCGUGGGGGUCAGUGGGGCUAACCCAGCUAUAACGGACGCGUGCGAGGUGGUGCGAGGCGUGGAGUAAUCAGCGGAGAGACACUCAUCGUUGACGGGACGCACGCUCCCGCGAGGAGGAUCCAGCUGCCAAAUUUCGAGAGAUCGAGCGACGGCGACCACGGAUAAAAACGAUCCUGCGACAAUCGCGUCUCCGAUUUCGCGCCGUAUUAAUCGGGAGAGCGCAGCCUUACUCCUGGGAUCUUGGGAAGGUAGUUCUUUCCCGCAAAUUUCCCCGAGUUCGUCUGAGGGCAGAUUAGGGCAACAUGGCGAUCACGGCCAGGAGAUUGUGAUAGAACAAGCAAAUUGUAUCUUGUGUAUGAUCUGAAAGAGGGAGAGAGAGAGAAAGAGAGGAAAAGAGAGAUAAAUGGAACAAAGGCACAUUAAAUGACGAAAACAUUUGGAAACUAAACUUUAGAAGCGUACAUCUUGCACAGGCAAAGUUGUAUACAUGGAAUUAAUAUAAAUUUACAUAGUAAGAUCUCAAAAGACAACAUAAUAUCUUGCAAAACUACAAUAUAAAAAAAUAAAAUAACUGCAAAAUAAAAAGACAAAAUAUAUAUAAAUGGAAAAAUAAGAAAGAAAAGUAAAACAAAAAGCUUGAAGCUUUCCUAAGUACAUGUAGACAUGUGUACAUUCAUUUGAUGAAAUAUCAAUUGUUGCAAGAUACAUUUAAUAAUAAUAACAUAGUGUGCCUUAUUGAUUGCUACAAACAUCUAUGAAUGCUAUUAAGUGCAAUAUAUUGCUAUAUUAAGAAUUAAAGAAAUAAACGUCAAUCCAAAAAAGAUCUUCCAAUAUCUCGUAUACCUAUUUUGACUAUGUAUCAUACUGUAUUUCCAUCGCAAAUGAUGGUGCAAAUAAUGGGAGGACACCAAACAAAUGGACAAUGUCCACCAGCACAAAAUCACACUUUGCAUAUUAACGGUGUAAAUGCAUUGCAUCAAUCUGAUUUCCCACAAUAUGGCCCGAAUAUCUCUGGACAUAACAGGCAUCGUACGAUACAGUACAAUAACAGAAGAGUCAAUGAUAUAAAUAUGACAGGAUCUCCCCUGGAUUUAUUACAAUUAAUAGGAGUUGAUGUACCAUCAUUACGACGUAUAGAAUACAUGCAAUCAAACAAUAAUUCAUCUUCUAUAAAUUGGGAAAGACGCAUAAAUACAUCCAAUAACUCGUCGAUUAUACCAUUCUCAAACUAUAACUUCAAGCCCACAAAUCCUAAUUCGACAAAGAAACCAAGCUGGAAUAACAGAAAUAGCAGACGGAGUUCAUACAGGAAUUUCUCGAAAUAUGAAGCCUAUAAUAGUGAUAGUGGAUUUAGUUCUCGUUCACCAACACCAAACAAACAUUACAUUGACAAUAGUUUAACAGAGUCUUCAGAUGAGCGAGAUUCUACAAGUUCAGUAAGAGGACAAUGGUUAAACAAAAAGCAUCAUAAAACACAUCCAGAUAAUAGAACAUAUAAUAAUACAGCAGAUGGUUUAAUUUCAAGUGCCUCUGCACAUCAGUUUUAUCCAACCCAACGAUCCAACAGUAAUUACGAUACUACUAAUUCUACUCCGAGAUCACAUGUGCAAAAUUAUCAGAACAGGAGAAGAUAUUUAGGAAAGAAUGAAAAUGCAGCUUCACAAAGAUUUCCACGAAAUCGUAAAUAUUCUGAAGUAUCGCAUUACGAUAUGUUUCCUGGAUGUAAUGCCGCCCCUGAUAGAUUUCUUGCUAGAUCUCAUUUAUUACAAGUAACUUCUGUGCCAAAGAAUCUUGUUACUGGAUCAUCAUGGGAUGAUUUGUCCGAACAAGUUUGGCGUAAAUUUAUUACGCAUCAGCAAACUGAAGUUACUUAUAAAAAGAAAAUGAUGCUGUGGAAGCAUCUCAACACAUAUAUUAAGACUUUAUAUCCAAAUUGUUGUGUAUUUUUGGCUGGUUCAACAAUGAAUGGGUUUGGUUCAAAUGAUAGCGACGUCGACGUGUGUCUUUUAGUGAAACACACUGAAUUGGAUGUAAGAUGUAUAGCUAUAGAACAUUUACUGGAAGUGCUAAAGCAUCUUAAACAAAGUGAUUUCGUUGACCAACUCGAAAUGAUACACGCAAAAGUACCCAUUAUAACAUUCUUUGAUGUAGCACGGAAAUUUAAAGUUGAUAUGAAUUGUAAUAAUUCUGUUUGCAUCAAGAACGCGCAUCUACUAUAUUGUUAUUCAAAACUUGACUGGAGAGUAAAACCAUUAGCGCUCGUCGUUAAACUUUGGGCUCAAUGGCAUAAUAUCAAUAAUCCAAAAUGUAGGACAUUGUCCAGUUACUCUUUAGUCCUCAUGGUUAUACAUUUCUUACAAUGUGGGACCAAUCCUCCUGUUCUGCCAUGUUUGCAUUCAAUAUUUGCAAACAAAUUUAGGCCGGAUGCGGAUAUUUAUAAUAUCAAUAUUCAUGAGGAUUUGAAUAUUCCACCGUCCAAUCGUUUGCCUGAGAAUCAUCAAUCUCUUGGGGAAUUACUAUUUGAAUUUUUCAAAUAUUAUGUUGAAUUUGACUUCAGCCAAUAUGCGAUAUCCGUACGUUUAGCAAGCAAAAUACCAAAAGAAGAAUGUCGUAUGGUGCAAUCAUCAAAAAAUGAUCCUUAUCAAUGGAAGUAUCUAUGUAUCGAAGAGCCAUUUGACUUGACUAACACAGCUAGAUCGGUCUAUGAUCCGGACAUGUUCUCUAAAAUUAUAUUCAUAUUAAAUAUUACGUAUACAAGACUGAAACGAAGAUAUAGUUUAAGUGAUGUGUUUGACGAGAUGCGUCUGAUGAUGAUUGGUACCGAUUGGGGGCUAACGAUAAGUGACGAAGAAUGAUAAGAUCGUCUUAUGUGACGUGUUUAGUACCUUGUGAUAUUAGGCCUUAUUUUGAAAUAAUUUGUAAUAUUGGCAAGGUAUAAAUGUGUCCUCCGUUUAAUAUCCUAUUUUUUCUUUUUGUGGAGGAUUUGGAAAUCACAAAUACAUAAGCAGGAUGUUACAUAUGUAGUUAGUAAUGCGUAUGUAACUUAUUACUAACUGUACAUGUAACAUCCUGAAAGAAAUGUUAACUAUCUGCACUUACUAACAUGCAAAAAAAUAUUUCAUUUUGAUGUGAAAGGUUGGAUACACAGAUAUAUCAAUCUUAUUCAAACUUUAAAAUUGCAAUAUGUGCAAUAAAGUUUAUAAUUUAUAUUAAAGCUACAAACAGUUGGGCUUGCUUAGAUUUCUCUAAAUCUUUAACGAGGCCGCAAAGCAUUAGAUGAGAAACUUUGCAGCGUAAUGCUAUAGAAGAUUAUUUUAAUAUCAGACGCUCAUUUUUGGGGAUAUGGCUAGCAAUCUAUAGUUUGAAACAUUCUCAAUAAAGAAUAUGUUAAUGAAUAUUUUUUUGCAUCUGAUUAUUUUUUAAGGUCACAGGCGAAAUUUCGUUAUUUUUCGCUAUUCUUUAAUUUCUUCGUCUUCUCUUUUAUAAGUCAUUGUUCAUAAUAUCACGUGGUAGAGAUCGUGUUAACGAUAAUUUUAAUAGCCUACAAGGCACCAGAUAUUUUAGAUUUAUUGAUAUUAGAUGAACAGCUCAUGUAAGAGGUAAUGAGCAAUAUGCACAAUGUAUUCCGGAAAAAUCACAUUAAAUAAUUUUUACGCAACAAUAGUAAUUACUAUGCUGUAAUCGUGUAACUAUUAAAUUAUCUAAUCGCGAAUUUAUUUCGCCAUUAUCUGGUUAAAGAUUUAGAGAGAUCUAAGCAAGCCUAACUGAUUGUAGCUUUAAUAUAAAUCACAAACUUUAUUGCACGUAUUGCAAUAUUAAAGUUAAGAGAAGAAUGAUAUUUGUAUACAUCCGAUCUUUUAUAUAAAAAUGAAAUAAUUUUUUGCAUUUUAGUCAAUUUCUUUGUAGAUAAUUAAAUAGUUGCACGAUUACAGCAUAGUAAUUAGUAAGUAAUAAUUGUUGCAUCAAAAUUAUUCAACGUGAUUUCUUCAAUGUAUAUUAUUCAUUAUCUCAUACGUAAGUUUUAUUCGUUUAAUAUCAAUGAAUAUAUAAUAUAUGGUGUCUUAUGUGCGACUAUCGUAAUUAUUGUUAAUACUAUCGUACAUCGCGUGAUAUUAUGAACAAUCACUUAUUAAAUACAUGAAAAAAGUAAAGAAUAAUAAUGAAAUUUCGUCUGUGACGAAAUGAUUAUCAGGUACAAAAAAAUAGUUAUUAAUAUAUUCUUAAAUUAAAAUGUUUCAAACUAUAAAUUAGUAGCCAUAAAAAAAUGAGCAUUUGAUAUUAAAAUAAUAUUCUAUAGUACUACAUAUAAAAAAAAAAUAAAAAGAAGAAGGAAGUAGUAUACUUAUUUUUCUAGUUGCUAUUUCUAAAAAAAAA